GCCAUUUUGGUUUUGGAAAUGUCAUGUCAGCAUUCAGCAAUAUAGUAAAAAAGAUAUGAUUUUACAAUUGUUAUAAGUUGUUUUUAAAUAAAUAUGUGUUAAUACUUUACGUAAAAGGGUUUAUCAUUCCAAACUAAAACACUUAUACCCUUGCACAAUUGAUUAAUAAGAUAAAAUGAUGCAAUUCAUGUUAUUAUUCAGCCGCCAAGGCAAGCUACGUUUGCAGAAAUGGUACGUAGCUCAUCCGGACAAGCUAAAGAAGAAAAUAACUAGAGAGCUUAUCACCACAGUCCUCGCACGUAAACCAAAAAUGUGCUCAUUCCUCGAGUGGAAAGAUGUCAAAGUAGUUUAUAAACGAUAUGCAUCACUCUACUUCUGCUGUGCUAUGGAGCAAGAGGACAAUGAGCUGCUGACUCUGGAACUUAUCCAUAGAUAUGUCGAACUUCUUGACAAAUACUUUGGCAGUGUAUGUGAACUGGACAUCAUCUUUAACUUUGAGAAGGCAUACUUCAUCUUGGAUGAACUGGUCCUCGGUGGUGAGCUCCAGGAGACAAGCAAGAAGAAUGUAUUAAAGGCGAUCGCUGCACAGGAUCUGCUGCAAGAGGAGGAGACGCCGCAGGGAUUCUUCGAGGACCACGGCCUUGGGUAAUCCGGACAGGAACGCAUACAAGACCACGAGCCCAAGACCACACAGCCUCGCAUACGGACACUGUCCUAUAAUCUACAUUGUACUUUAUUACUGUAUAGAAAGGUAACUCCGUUAAAUUAAUUUUUGUUUUUAACAUCAUUGAUAUAUUUCGCUAUAUUAACAUGUUAUCUAUACAUUUUUAACUUUUAACUACGAUGAAUAUGUUAUGUACUUGUUAAAAUAAUAGAAUUUUCUUUCUAAAUUAUUAGAAAUUGUCUUUUUACAAACUGCCAAAGCGUCUUUUAAUGAUUGUUAAUUCCUUAAUGUGUACACUAAGUUACUAAAACUAAAUCUGCAUUAAGGGACUGUACUAAUCAUUAAAAACCAUAAGAAUGGCACAAGGUGCUACAUUGGAUUUUUUCCUACAAGAUUUUUUAAUGUUUUUUAUUAAGGUCGCAUACUUAUUUAGUAGUAAUUUUCAAAAAGUAUGUCAUAAGGUUGAAUUUUAUCCAAACAAAUAAAAAAAAUAUGUUGAUACAAAUUGUAAUUUGUUUUAGAAUAAAAAUUACAAUGUCUUGGGAGCUGUUAGCUCUUGGUCUAUAAAACAGUAGUAGUGGAUGACUAAUAGAGAUUUUAAAUGAAGUAUUAAAUAAAGUUAAGAACCCUGUCCAUAUGAUCUUUAUGUAGAUCAUGUUACUAAUAUUUAGGUAUUCCAAGUAUUUAUAGUUUUGUAGUAAAUAACCACUGCGAGUCGACAUAACUGAUAUUAAAAAACCUGGUUAUUAGUUAUUCUACCACAAAUGUUUCGAAUUUCAUUUACAUUUAGCAGAUGUAAUGGCAACCUAAGCUUAUCGGACUGUUCCAAACCGUCACCCCGCUCUGUCCUACGUAGGAAUAAAUGAGAAUAAAAAGUUUAAUCC